GACAUCUCGUCCACAACCACAACCACAGCCACAGCAAGUCACCAUGAGCAGGAGAGGAGGAGGAGGGGGAUGGGGAGGAGGGGGUAGGAGGAGCAAGAGGAGGGGCGGGAUCGGGGUCGUCGGCGCGAUGGGAAUGGCCGUGAUACUGUUGCCGGCGUCGUCGUUGGCUGCUGCCGCAUGCAUACCGCUCGCCGGAUCGACAAUGUGCUCUGCCUUUGGGAAGUCGCAGAUUUCGACGGGGGACGCACUUACGGGUCAAUUCCCAUUCCUGAGAUUUGUCUCCAACCUUACCCACUUCGAUGAAAAGUUCGAGACCUUCACGAAAGAGGAAUACGUUACGAGCAAGUUUGGACUACUGUUCGGAUGCGACAAUGUCACGACGUCGUUACCGAAUACGGACGAGUACUAUGCUCGCUUCACGUCGACGGUUCUCUGCUCGAGGAUGAUACAAGACUCGAGGACGGACUGCGGGCUGACGGACGAAACUGCUAAGCCGCUCUGUGCCGAAUCUUGUGCCCAGUUCGGGAGGAGUGAACAGAUGAUCGUGUCGAACCCAGACACGUGCUCGAACGCAAGGGACGAUGCCUUCAGCAUCGUCUUCUCCGAUUACACAAUCUGCUCGCCCCCCGAUUCUCUGGAUCAGUCUUGUAUCCUGGGGUCCGACAACGAGUAUGAGAAUUGUGGUUUCAGGGAUAAUCUCUUGGGAUUGUGUCUGUAUUGCGCCGAAAAUUCGCCGAAUUCUACGGAUACUUGCUGUUAUUCCUCGGGCGCCGAAACGAAAUGCGCUGGGCUGGUUCUGCCAACGUUUACGAACCUGCCGCCAAUCACCACAGCCACCACGACAACGACAGCAACAUCGACGUCUUCAGCCUCGGGUAGUGACGACGAUGAGUUGAGCGGCGGCGUCAUUGCGGGGAUCACAAUUGGAGCGUUGGUCGGUGUGGGGUUUCUCGUGUUCGCGUUGCUCUUCUGGUGGAGGCGUCGGAACCGGUACGGAAAUCAAACUCCCAUCUUCAAUCACCCCGCGCGUGGACCACCGUCCAUGACCUUCACCACGGUGGGCCCAGUACAAACCGGCCACGGGUACGAAGCGCUUACUGGAAGUCGCGUCGCCCGCAUGUCGGCUCUUGAGGAGAGCACUUCUCGGAUCGAUAUUGCUUCUUCAGCCGGUAGCGCGGCACCACCGCACAUCUCGCGCGCAAUCAUUGGCGCUGAAUCAUCCUCGUCGUCCGAAUUCGGACUCCAGGACAGCCCAAUAUCCCGUCGGGAUCGAUCGCCACAGCAUAGACCGCUGCAUCCCCCGCCGCGUGGACGGAAUGCGUCGUUGUCCAGCUCGUCGGUCCUCAUGUCUGAGGGAGGCCUGACAUCCCUGGUUGCAUCGAGUGAGAAGGGAUCGAGACGGUUUUCGGGCUCGACUUCGGAACAGCUGCCGUACUUUAGGGAUUACUACUCUAACGAAGAUAUCCAUCCCGGCGAUAAGGUCUCUGUGCUGUGGGCGUAUGCACCGCGCGCGCCGGAUGAAUUCGAGCUCGAGCGGGGUGAUAUGUUGAAGGUGGUUGGAAUUUGGGAUGAUGGUGAGUUAUAUUGUUUUGUCUGAGGAUGUGGGGGGUUUACUGACGUUUCUAGGCUGGGCAACCGGAAUUUUCCUCCCCGACCGCGCCGAAGACGCGUCCCGGCGACGACGCGAAAUGCGGGA